AUGAUUCUCACUUCCGUUUCAGAUCCUAGUAGCUCUAAUCAGGGCCAUGCAAAAACUACAACGUUCGCUGAUAAGGUUAAGGAACGUAAAACCCUAAUCCCUACUACUGUUGAUUUAACAAAGCUGUCGAACCCAACUCUAAGGGAGGGAGAGCUAGCUUUGGAAAUUCCUAGCGAUUACUUUCAGGAGGGUUUCAAACCCUUUCAACACAGUCUUAUUGCAAGAUUGGAUUUUACUGGUAUUAAGUUCCAUGAAGUGAAGAAAAACCUGGAGGAACAAUGGCAGCUAGGUUUAAAUAUGUGCAAGUUUCUACCAAUGAGCAAGGGGUUUUUUACCAUCAUGCUCAAUUAUGAAGAAGCCAAGAAGAAAAUCCAUGAUACCAAAUGGUUUGUUAAUCAACAACCAUUGCGUGUGAGUGAUUGGUAUCCUGGUUUCAGCCCUGAAAAGCAAAGAACUUCUCACGCGGCAGUUUGGUUACGUUUCCCUGGGUUGCCUGUGGAACUUUGGUCUGAACGGACUUUGCUAGCAAUGGAAAAAGUUAUUGGCGCACCAAUUAUGGUUGAUGAGAAGACUCCGAAUCUAGAAUAUGGCCAUUUUGCUUCAGUGCUAGUGGACAUCGAUUUUGGUAAACAUGUUCCUGACAGGAUACAUAUUAUAACAGGUGGAAGAAGUUUCUGGCAAUAUUUGGAUAUUCCAAAUUAUCCAAAAUUCUGUUUACAUUGCAAUAUCAUUGGUCACACCGAGGAAGAAUGUAAAAAGAAGCCAACAGACAAGAACAACUCAAAGGAAACAGCUCGUACUGGUUCUGGAGAAAAUCAACCAAAACAAGUUUGGCAAGAUGCUAAAAAUAAGAAGAACCGCAACAAGAAAAACAAACUUUAUGAAGGAGAAACACCUUUAGAACUGGUUGUUUUUACUGAAGAGGAGAAUGCUGUUUUGGAGAAAUCAAAACAGUUUGAAGAUAAGAUUGCACAAUCUGAAGCUGACAUCCGUGCUGCGACUGCUAAGUUAGAGAGAACUAAGCAGGCUGCUAGCGAGCAUGCAGUUUUAGUUUCCAAGAUUGAAUUGGCGAGAACUAAAUCUUUGGAAGCUAAGUCUUGGGAGAUUGUUGAAUUCGAGAGAACUAAGCAAUCACCUACAGAUAAGAAUAUUGCUACAUCUUCUACUCCUUUAUCAAAUGCUAUUGAGGAGUCCACAAUUGUGUUAUCUCCAAACAGAUUCAAUGUUCUGAGUGAUGAAUUGGGGCUUAAUAAUCAUUCGGAGGGUUAUGUUGCUGAUAACAAUUCGGAUGAGGAUUCUACACAGAACUCAGGCUAA